CCCACGUCACCUGCAAUUCCCGAUCGCCAAAUGAGCCCAGACGAGCAAAAGCUUUGGGACGCGAUGCCCUCGGCGGUAGUCUAUGUGAGCCAAAAUGCGGCAGGCAUCCGCGCCUCCCGCAUCCCAAAACCCAUAACCCGCUAAAACUACCAACAUCGCCAAUCUGGUUGCUGGUAUCACAUCAAUUCGGUGGCGACUUUCGCUCUUUUUCUUUCUGAUUCAUCCAUCCCGUGUGCCUUUGAGGAGGACGAGGAUUUAAUUGUAUGUACUGUACAGUACCAUUGUCGCGCGCAUUUGUCGUGCUCCCUCAAUGACCUGCCGCCCUGCCGAAAGCGCGAAACCAUAAAACGCCAAUCCUCGUCCCUUCCGUCAAAGCACCGACGCCGGGCGUUUUUUGGCCAUCAUGGCUGCAACACCGAGCUCGGCGGCACUCAUGUCCGACAUCGAACCGCCCAGUUCGCCUGUCCACAUUGAAAAAUCAUUCAUGACGGCCGUCACUGAGGACGACGAUACCAAGAUGACCAUGGCGACUCCCGACCCUUCCGAGAAGCAGCCUCGUGGCAAGAAGCGCGGCCGGGACGAUGGAAACGGCCCCAACGGUAGCACUAUUGGCAAGAUUCGCCAUCUCAAAAAGGAGGACGGCGAGCCCCUCUGGCGCAAGGACAUUCAGUACGACUUCCUCAAGGCCGUCUUUGACAACGAGCAAAAGGUCUUCACCAACAGCUACGAGAAGGACAAGCUGGGCAAGCAGUGCUUCGCCGACCUCUAUAUCGACACAAUGUCCAGGAGCAGCAAGACCAGCAAGGUCCUUCGAGAUAAGCUGCUUAGUGAUCGCGAUGCUGCGAAGGGCAUGGCCAUGGUCUGCCUCUUGGUUAACAUUGGUCGCAUGAACACCACUCUUAAUUUCUUCCCGGAGAUGCGAGCCCAACUCCGCACCUACCACGCCAUCCCUUCCCUCCAAGCCCGUCAAGACCCGCAUGCCUAUAAGCAGCUGCAAGAUGCCCCCAGGCUGAAAUCCAUCCUCAAGGGAGGUGCCGAGGACCGCCCUGAACCUACCUCACUCGAAGAGGUCAAGGCGAGCGAGGUACCUCGUACCAACCCCGUCAAUCUCCUUUUUCUCAUCUGCCAGACGGCGCACAAGAUCGCCGAACUUCAUUUCCCUCCUGGCCAAGAAUUCCACGAUCUAAUCAUGAAGACCAACUACAGCAGCAAGAGCCGAGCCCGCGCGUUCCUCUGGCUCAUGUGGUUCUAUCUCGAAUCCGACUUUACUGAGGAAGGCUGCGAAGAGAACCCGUUUGGCCCGGGCGUGGAUUACGGUGUCGAUGUCGCCAACCAGGGUGUCCCUCGCCUAGAGCUUUUGAAUGAGGAGGAAGAAGCAGAGGAGAACGUUGACCCUCAAGAGGAGAUUGAUUUCGGCUACGCCAAGCAAAAGAUGCGUGCCAAGAUCAUCGAGGCCGACCAGCAAUUCAUGGCCGAAAGCCAGACCAAACGGGGCGCUCGCGGUCGCGGUUAUCCCGCUGGCGAUGAGAUUGGCCCGACGACCGGAAUUCUACCUCGAAUCCGGCCGUCCAAGAACGAGAGCGACCUCGAUAGUGUCAGGUCGACUCCGCCUCCCCGCGCCCUAAGCGCACGACAUAGCGGCAUCUUUGGCAGCACUGGCCGCCGGGGCCCACACUCCCUCAAGUACCAGGUCUUUGACGGCUCACCCGCCGCUGAGAAGACGGUCGACGGUGUUGCCCCUCGGAAACCCCGGCCUCCAACUGCACAUCAGCUGGCGGUAGAGCGCAACCGCUCGCAGCGUGUCGAGUACAUACUCGAUCGGGGUCUUCGUCGGAGCCACCAUCGCUCCCGCAAGCAACGACGGAUAGACGGAUCCAUCUUCCGUGCUCUGAACCGCAUCCGUCAGAUGGACAACCCCUUUGAGGACAGCGAGGAUGAUGAUAUCUUCGCUUUGCACAACAGCCACAACGGCAAGCACGCCCAUCCUUCGGCUAACGGCGAUGCCAAACGCCUCCGUGAAAAGGGCUACGGCGGCCUGUGCCAGCUCAAAGACGAGCCAGACGACUACGGCGAGGAGUUUUCCUCGUUCGCUGCAGCCCUUCGGCGGUCCAGUCGCCGCCUCCUGCGCUGGGAGACUUACGAUGGUCCCGACAAGCUCGGGGUCAUUGCUCCCAUCAAGCGUGUAAAGGAGACAGCCAACGGCACGGACCAGCACGGUGACGAGGAUGAUAUGGAUGGCUAUGCUGAGAUUAGGUUCCGGCUCAAGGACGGCAUGAUUGAUCCCGCCGAGACGGAGGACGAGGCCGACGUGCAGCAGCAGCAACGGUACCCAUAUGGGCGACACCAGCGUGGCCAGCAUACUGGAGGAGGCGGGUCCAAUGGAGUGCGGGGUUCUACUGGGGGCGUCGAUGCCAAUGGGGAUACCCCCAUGGACGAUGCGGAUGAUUUGGACGAGGUGGACAAAGAGCUGCUUGGGUUGGGAGACGGGGAUGGGGACGGAGACGAGGGUGAAGAUGAGCUGGAUGAUGUGGAUAAGACGCUGCUUGGGAUGGAUGGAGAUUCCGACUCGGAUUGAGCGUGAAUGCUCUCCCACCCAUGUUGAUGGCGAGAGGUUAUUCUUGUAUGAGCGCUUGCGUUACCUCCGGUUGGGACUACUGCCCAUUCCAAAACUUCCUCAUUUAAGGAAUGGACAAGGCGGACAGGCUGGGCAGGCAGGAUCCCUAUCUGGCCUUUGUUCACGCACCGGAGAGCAACCCUAGCCCGGGUGGGAAAUUCUAGUUGUACUGUACGAUACCGACGUAUGAGCUUCAUAUGCUGGGCCAAACGGGAUCGGUUGGCAUCUGGCGUGGGAAGAUGAAGACCAGUUACUGCUUCGGGCGAAGAUUAGCUCAGGGGCUAAAGUUAGCUCCUCUCUGUAGUUCAGCUCUGCUGAGUUAUACAGGUACAGCAACAGCAUUUUGAGAUUGUUUCUUCUCCC